UUAAAUUUAUCAUAGUUUUCAUAGUUUUAAAUUACUCUGAUUUUUAUUGUUCAGUUAUAAGCAUAAACAAUAAAGUGACAUUUAAAUCUCUUCAAAGCUUCAAAGUAAUUUUAUGAAUAAGAAGAUAGUGUUAUCUGUCACAAGAAAUGUCAAAAAAUUCAAAAUGCCUACGUAGAUAAUAAUUUUAUUGGAUUAACAACAACUUCAACAUCAAUCCCUACCAUGUUAUAUAUUUUCACUUUGCCAAGAAACCAUCACAAUGUCAAAAUGCAAUAAAGUAAAAAACCCAUGCAAGAUAUGCUUAGAACCUGUCUCCCAUAAGAACGGGUUACAAUGCCAAGGAGCAUGCGAGAGCUGGGUUCAUUAUAGUUGCUUGAACUACACACCUGGAAAAAUAAAAGAUAUAAAAGCCGGUAUUAUCAAAGUGACCUGUCCGUGUCCCGAUUGUAAGACGUCACUACCGAAGGAAUAUAGGACUGAUGAGCCUUAUAGUUGUACCAAUAUACAAUGUCCUGCAAAUCGACCACCUCAUUGUGAGAACAAGAACUGCUCACUAAAUAGUGGAACACAGAAGAUGAAUCAGACUUUAGUGGCGCCUCCAUGUCCAUUAAAGGAAUGUGGAAAUUCUUGUAAACAGCACAGUACCCCACAUGUUUCUAAUAUUUCAAAACUACCCACGGGAGGAUCUUCUACGCCGUCUCAGAUAUCUUCUUCCUAUGAUUUUUUAACUCCCAAAAAAUGUCCUUCGGGUUGCUCUUCUUCUACCGAGAUACCUGGAGGUGAUGUGAGGAGAAAUGCUACUGUUGAUUUGGCAGGUAUGCCAGCUCUAAUUGCAGUGAAACAAAUGUGUAAUACUGUUGGACAAUUGACAAAUCAACUUAAUCAAAUGAUGAUGAAUUUAAAGCAGGCAGUAAAUGGAAAAGGGUUCGAUGGAGAAGGAGGAUGUGCGCAUGGAAAUUGUCAGCAGAAAGGGCCAAAGUCACUGUGCCCAAAACCUUGUUACUGUCCAGGAAAUCCCGGAAGGGGUCGGAGAAGAUAACAUACA